AUGAGUCUCACAGGAGAGAAACCACAUCUGUGCUCUGAGUGUGACAAAUGCUUUACAUAUAAAUCACAGCUUCUCAUACAUCAGAGGAAUCAUACAGGAGAGAAACCAUUUAUCUGUUCUGAGUGCAGCAAAAGUUUUCCCCAAAAGUCAUCUCUUGUUAUGCAUCAGAGGAGUCACACAGGAGAGAAACCAUAUACAUGUUCAGAAUGCAGCCAAUGUUUUCUCUGCAAGUCAAAUCUUGUGCAACAUCAGAGGCUUCACACAGGAGAGAAACCAUUUACAUGUUCUGAAUGCCGCCAAUGUUUUCUCUGCAAGUCACAUCUUGUGGCACAUCAGAGUAUUCACACUGGAGAGAAACCAUUUACAUGUUCUGAAUGCAGCAAAUGUUUUUCCCGAAAAUCAUCUCUUGUUAUACAUCAGAGGAUUCACACAGGAGAGAAACCAUUUACAUGUUCUGAAUGCAGCAAGUGUUUUCUAUGUAAGUCAAGUCUUGAGAAGCAUCGCUGGACUCUCACAGGAGAGAAACCACAUCUGUGCUCUGAGUGUGACAUAAGAUUUACAUGUAAAUCACAUCUUCUCACACAUCAGAGGAGUCAUACAGGAGAGAAACCAUUUACAUGUUCUGAAUGCAUAAAGUGUUUUUCCCGAAAGUCAUCUCUUGUUAUACAUCAGAGGAUUCAUACAGGAGAGAAACCAUUUAAAUGUUCUGAAUGCGACAUAUUUUUUCCCGAAAGUCAUCAUCUUGUGAAACAUCAGAUGAGUCACACAGGAGAGAAACCAUUUACAUGUUCUGAAUGCAGCAAAUGUUUUUCCCGAAAGUCAUCUCUUGUUAUACAUCAGAGGAUUCACACAGGAGAGAAUCCAUUUAAAUGUUCUGAAUGCGAGAUAUGUUUUUCCCAAAAGUCAUCUCUUGUUAUACAUCAGAGGAGUAACACAGGAGAGAAACCAUUUACAUGUUCUGAAUGCAGCAAAUGUUUUCUAUAUAAAUCACAUCUUCUCACACAUCAGAGGAUUCAUACAGGAGAGAAACCAUUUACAUGUUCUGAGUGCAGCAAGUGUUUUUCCCUAAAGUCAUCUCUUGUUAUACAUCAGAGGAUUCACACAGGAGAGAAACCAUUUACAUGUUCAGAAUGCAGACAAUGUUUUCUCUGCAAGUCACAUCUUGUUAUACAUCAGAGGAGUCAUACAGGAGAGAAACCAUUUACAUGUUCUGAAUGCAACAAAUGUUUUUCCCAAAAGUCAUCUCUUGUUAUACAUCAGAGGAGUCACACAGGAGAGAAACCAUUUACAUGUUCUGAAUGCAACAAAUGUUUUUCCCAAAAGUCAUCUCUUGUUAUACAUCAUAGGAGUCACACAGGAGAGAAACCAUUUACAUGUUCUGAAUGCAACAAAUGUUUUUCCCGAAAGUCAUAUUUUCUUAUACAUCAGAGGAUUCACACAGGAUAG